GCAACUCUAAACCAAUUACCAUAGCAACAAAAAUGUACACAAACAAGCGGAACCAGCAGUAAUAUUUUAACGCCCAAUAAGCACAUCCGCAAAAAGAAUAAACUUUAUUUUCCAUUAAAAUUAACCGUGAAGAGAGAAAUAGCUUAAAAACUGUUAUCGACAUGACUGAAUCACCAACUACAGCUAGUUACUUCAAUAUAUUUAUUACCGGACAAUUGGAAGCAAUGGAAUUCCCGUUAGGUCCAAAUGCAGCGGAGGUUUUCUGCCGGUAUGAAGUGAUAAGCGGACCGGAUUGGGAGUUAGUGUCGGGCGCUCAAAAUGGCAUUUCACAAACAGCAUCGAAUAAGAAUGGAUAUUUUAAAGAUAAAAUAGUAUUCAAUUUUCCUUUGGAAUGGACAUUUAAGAGUACAACGCCAUAUGGUUGGCCACAAUUGAUCAUAUGCAUAUAUGGCAAGACGCGCUGGGGUGUGGAGACGGCAUUGGGUUAUAGUCGCAUCAAUUUACCCGUUUUUGGUGCUGCUACAGACAGUUCUAUUGUGGCACCAAUACUCAUACCAAAAAAUAGCAAUAUGGUAGCAGAAAUGGCUAGUUGGAUAACAGGACGCAAUCCAGAAUUGAAGGAUCCAAAAACUUUGCUCAGCAGUGGGAAAUUAAAAGGCAUUUCAGCGGAGUCUUAUGGCGUAGUUAUAUUUAAACUUUCAACUAUAUUAAGGGGUACUGAUCGAUUGGGUUAUGAUUGGGGUUAGAUUAAACUUUUUCUACUUUCACUUGAGAUUAAGCUUUCCAUUCAUGCCAAUAAAUAUCAAUGUUGCGCGUUAAAA